UCCGCAUUAAUCAGUCUUAUUGAGAUCCUUAAAUUAGUGCACUGAAGCAUUCCGAUCGACGAAAUCUUUCUAGGAUACAAUGACACUUAGCGGCUCAGCUGCCUACAGUCGACGAGUACCCGUUCCCAAGAUGCCCCCGGGACUCGUGGAAAUAAUGGAGGGCCUCACUAAAGAUGUCCUGAAGCACAAUCCGCCAGACGUAUACGAGUUUUGUGCUAAUCACGUCCUUAAGUUGUUGGAAAUAAGAGAUGGACCUUCACGCCUGAAGACAAUACCCUUAGAUCAAAGAAUUAAAAGAGCACAAGAAGUCAUUAGAAAACGAACGGAACAACGUUGGCAAGCUAACAAUGAUACGAAAUUGUCAUAUACAAAUGAUAAAGUCCCCCAAAAAGUAUUAAAUCCGGUGCACCAUGACAAUGAUUUGACGAAUUCUUCGGAAAUAGAGAUUUCUUGUCAACCGGGUGACACCAUUUGUGCCAUUGAAUAUUUACAAGAAACAAAACCAAUAAAAGAUGACGAUAAAAAAGAAAGAUCCGUAAAUGACCAAGCUGAAAAUUCAGAAGAAGGACAAGACAAGAAAAUUGUUGAGGUUGAAAAACAUAAUUCCGAGAAGACAGAUUUUAAUGAAAAAGUUAUUUUUGUUGAAAAUAGUAAAGAUACAGAAACCUUACAAUCACAAGAAAAUGGAAUAUUAGAAGUAAUGGAAACUAAACAAGAUCACUUUGAAAAUCCAUCAAAGAUUGAACAACACGAGGCGCCAGUUGCUCAAAACAUCACGGAAAAGGAUACGGAAAUUAGCGUACAUCGAGAUUUAGAAGCUGUUACAAAAAGUAAAAAUAAAGUAAUUCUUAAAGAAAAUACCGAUGAAACUAUGAAUAAUACUAAUAAUUUUGAAACUAAUAUAGAAAAUGACAACAACUUAAAAGAAGCAACUAUGACGAAUCAAACGCAGGAAAGUGGGGAGGAAAAAAUCGAAAUUGUUCCGAAGUUUGAAAACCAGUCUACCAAAUUUGAUACAUUAUCUAAAGACACCGUGGCAGAGCAAAAAAAUGAAAAACAAGAGAUAAAUGCAAAUUUAAGUGCUUUACUAAAGGUUCCAAACAUAACAAUUAAUGAACAACAACAUGAACAAAAUACAACCAACACAGAAAGUAAUGUUAAUUUGUCAACUUUAGAGAAGUCAGGUAUAGAUGAAAAUAUUCCUGCACCAAAUUUAGAUAAAGCUGACUCAAAUAAGAAUGCGUUAAGAUUUGAAGAAGAAAAUCAAAAUAAGGAAGCUGCUGUGUUAAUUGUAGAAGUUGACCAAAAGAAAGCUAAAAGUACAUUGACUUUAGAAACAUUAAAUCAACAAGUACCAGACAUGAAAGACGUUUCGUUGGAAGAAAAUCCAAAGGAGGACGUCACUGUAUUAAAUAAAAUAUUAGAAGGCGACCAAAAAAAGGAUGCAAGUUCAUUAAGUUUAACUGAACUAAAGAAAGACAUGAGUGUCUUGCCUGUAUUAAGUGUUGUUGAAGUGGACCAAAUAAAAGAAAUGGCAGUGCCAACGAUAGCAGGGGUAGAUCAAAAUAAGAACGUCAAUGUAGUUAAUCUCCAGUUACAACAUGAAGUGUGUGCAGAAGAUAUUCCACUUGAUGUUGAAACAACUGAUCAUAAUAUUCGUCCAGACAUUGUUUUAGAAGAUAAAGAACAACUAAAGGAAUUAGUUAAUAAAAAAAGCACUUCCCCUCCUCAAAACAAUAACAAAGAAGACGAUCUAAACACUGCUGAAAAUUAUAAUGACAACAAAAAAAAUCUUGUAAACCAUUUGGAAAAAGAUUUAAAACAAAAAACUGACGACAUAUUCAACAAUGCCCAGGUAGUGCAAGAUCCCAAAGGUGAUAUCGUCAUUGAAACUUUACAUAAUAGUUCCGAUGAUUUGCCUAAAACUGGUGUUUACAUAGAAACGUCUAUGCUAGAUAAAAAUUCAACCGUUGUGUCUUCAAACGAGUCGACACAUAUUUCUAAAAAUGACACCAGCCAAGAAAAUAAAAUUAUUGAUGAUAAUUUACAAUCAAACGUGAACUCCAUUAUACAGAGCGAUGUAAAAGAGUCGAUACGUCCGAAACGAGACAUUGAGCACGUCACAGUCAAAAGCAUCGAAACUGUUCAAGAAAAUAAUACAGAUAAUAUAAUCGAUUUUCCUUCUACUCCUGAUGACUGUGGAACUGAAGAAAGUAGUAGUAUUAACAGUAUUGUAGAAAAUGGUACAUUAGACGGUUUCGAAGAAAGUGCUCCAAAUGAUAACGUGAAUACUAUGGACUUAGAAACAGCAGCAGUGACAAUCCAGAAAGUAUUUCGUACAUUUCUAUUUAAAAGUAGAGCGUCAACAUUUGAGGACUCGAAUAAUGAUAUCAAUACAUCGGAUGACGAUAAGGAUCACGACAAUAAGGACAUGCGACCGUUUCAGACUUCGUCUAUAAAUAAAGAUCGAAGAAAUUUGGGAAUAAGUCGUAUGGACACUGUUUUACAAACUGUAAACGAAGAAAAGUCAUUAUCGUUAUCCACUGAUGAUUCUUCUUUAUCUAGUGCCGCUACAAUUAUACAAGCUCACGUGAGAGGUUUCCUAGUAAGGAAUAAAUUAAAUUCGGGUAAAACCGCAUCCAGCACUAACUCAUUGAUAAAUUCAGACGGACCGUCGACUACAUCGAUUGAAGGAGAAGGUGACCAACAUAAAAACAAAACCAUCCUUAAUAUUCAUAUCGUUCCAGAAGGUAAUAACUAUUUAAGUAGAGACGAAAGUAUCAUUACAUCAAUGGAUUUGUCUUUAGACGGUAGUCCACCUUCUUCAGUUAACCUACAUCCGUUGGGAUAUGAUAAAAGUGAGCGCAGGAAACAGCUUAAGAGGGAAGAUGCAAUCCAGUCAGUGUCGCCACCUAGUAAUAACAGUGGUAAAUUAAGUGAUGAUAUAGAAUCAGUGAAAGAACUGCCUUCGAAUAGUGGGUCACUUGCUAAUACUUCACUAGACCAUGAUACGGUUACAGCAGUUUUAUCCGAGGAUAAUAUUAAUGUGGUAUCAAAAAUCGAUAGUAAUCAUACUACUCCUGAAAAUAAUACAGUAGAAUCUUUAGAAAAGCUUAAUGAAGAAAUAUCCAUCAGUCCAGAACCAGUUCUGGAGGUAUCUGAUAAAGUAAGAAAUACUUUAACAAAACAGAGCUCUGAUGAAACGGACGUUGUAACACCUUAUAAAGGAAAUACACCAAGAGAUUCUGAUACAUCUUCAAGAUUACUGCAUUCAGGUGAAUUUCAUGACACUGUGCUUCCAACAAAGGUGUCUAGGAGUGACACACCCGUGGUCAGUGCCCUUGCGGCACGUCUCGCCAAAAGAGGCAUCUUAAAGCCAAAUUCGAAUGGUUAUGGCAAUGACUCUGUAGCAGCACAAACUAGCGAAGAGAUUAUUGCAGAAGAUUACGAUAACAAGCCCGACGAGCACAAUAAUGUGGAAAAUUUUUGGGAAGGAAUAGAAGGCGUCAACGUAGAUCCAAUAAAGGGCCAUAAGGGCUGUCCAAAUAAAUAUAACAUUUACCACGAAUGUACCAAGUUUUGUGUAAAAACUUGGAAGCAAGGUAAAAUAGUGCCAGAUGAACAUUAUUUAGAAAACAAACGUAAAGCUUUAGAGUUGUGGCCGCUUCCUCCCGGUUGGGAGGAGGUUUAUGAUGAAGGAUGUGGUCAACAUUAUUAUUGGAAUGUUCACAACAAUCUCGUGUCAUGGUUACCACCCACUCAUCCCAAUGCUGCACCCUCUGAAAGUGCUUCACAUUUACGUGAAGAGCGCUUACUACGGGAGGGUGAUGAGAGCGACAAUAGCAGUGAUGAAUCUGACCAAGAAGUACCUCAGCAGCCGACCAGAGAUAAACCCCGGGACCGUCGAGAAAGAGAUAAAGAUAUAACACAUCAUAGGGAUAAGAAACGACCUCGUGUGAAAGACAAUGAUUUAGAUCCAAUGGACCCUGCUUCAUACUCAGAUAUUGCACGUGGAAAUUGGAGCUCAGGACUGGACCGACAUGCAAAAACUGGUGUUGAUUCUACAGUUUCAGGUCCUUUGUACCAAAUGCGCCCAUACCCAGCUCCAGGAGCUAUACUUGCAGCUAAUGCAAAGCAGCACUCUCCACCACCGUCACCUUAG